AUGUUAUCUCCUCAUGGAGCAUUAGCAUACAAUGUGGUUAGAUUUGGAGCUAAAGGGGAUGGGAGAACAGACUCAACCUUGGCAUUUCUCCGGGCAUGGAUGGCAGCGUGUAGCUCGGUUAGACCAUCGACAUUAUCCGUUCCUCGUGGUACAUUCUUGAUAAGAUCAGUCACAUUUACUGGUCCAUGCAGAAACAGCAUUCAGUUUGCAAUACUUGGAAAACUGGUUGCUCCUGAUAAUUAUUAUGCCAUUGGGAACUUGGGAUACUGGAUUCAGUUUCAUAAAGUCAGUAGGUUAUCAAUUAUCGGAGGAACGAUCGACGCCAACAGAGCCCGUUACUGGUCAUGUCGAAGACAUGGACAAAGUUGCCCUCAAGGAGCAAGGUCGAUAUCGUUGCAGUGGUGCAACAAUGUACUGGUUCGCGGUUUGACAUCGUAUAAUGGUCAGAUGAUGAACAUUGCCAUUAACCGUAGCAAUAAUGAGAAGAUACAAAAUUUGAAAAUAAUUGCGCCAAGUGGAAGCCCCAACACUGAUGGCAUUCAUAUCGAGUACUCAAUGGGUGUGACAAUCAAAGACAGUAUAAUUAAAACAGGAGAUGACUGCAUAUCACUUGGUCAAGGCUCCAUGAACGUAUGGAUUGAGAAAAUUGGAUGUGGCCCUGGACAUGGCAUCGGGUAA